AUGCGCAGGAGCAUCUUUGUCGGCUUUCACAGAGCGGCGUCAAAGUCUUUAGCACAUACCACUUUUACGAAUACUACUCGCGACAAGAGUUUCACGGAAAACAACGCAGUUUUCUUCUCUUUGUGUUUGCGGUGGUUCGCGUCUUCUUCUUCUUCUUCUUCUUCUUCUUCUGUUACGCAAAGGGAGGAGGGAUACAACGCGUCGUCGGGGAUUGCAUCGAAAUCAUCGUCGUCGGUCGUACGCUGCGAUUUGCGAAGAGGAGGAGAGAAAAGCGCGAGCAGCAGUUAUUCGCAUUCCACAGAAACAACACCAACGAGCAGUGGUAAGAUAAGGAGUACAAAAAUCGUCGACGACGACAUGACGGAACAACAACCGAAGAAGAAAAAUAAUCACGUCGUCUUCGUCCUCGGUGGCCCCGGCGCUGGGAAAGGCACGCAAUGCGCAAACAUCGUCCGCGACUAUAACUUCACGCACCUCUCCGCGGGGGAUUUACUGAGAGCACACAUGAAAUCCGGCACAGAGGAUGGAAAUAUGGUCGCACAAAUGAUCAAAGACGGAAAAAUCGUCCCGAGCGCAGUGACGGUGAAACUCUUAUUAAACGCGAUGGCAGAUUCAAAAUCGAAUCGAUUUCUGAUCGAUGGGUUCCCGAGGAACAAAGAAAACCGAGACGCCUGGGUCUCGGAAGCCGGGUACGAUUGCGAUUUCGUCUUAAUGUACGACUGCACGGAAGAGGUGAUGCUGGAAAGAUUGUUAGGACGAAACGAAGGGAGGACGGACGAUAACGUGGAAUCGAUCAAGAAGAGGUUCGUGACGUUUCGAGAGAGCUCCGUGCCGGUGGUGGAGUUUUACGAAACCUUGGGGAAGGUGAGGAAAGUCGACGCGAUCGCGACGCCGGAGGAAGUGUACGAGAAAACGAAGGAGAGUUUUGCACAGUUCGAAUAG